GACGCACAGCCUCUGGGCCUGUCUUUUCCGAGGCGUAGCGGAGGACGGUGUCGCUCAUCCUAUGACGCGGAAACAACCACGACUCUAAGGAUCGGGAGACGGGAAGGAUUGAAGGACGCAGUCUCUGGCCCUACUGUAUUUUGGGAAUUGGACGGAGAAUGGAAACAAAAAGUGGAAAUCUAGAAAAAGCAAUGGAAGAGGAAAGCACUGAAAAGAAAAAAGAAGUAGAAAAAAAGAAACGGUCUCGAGUCAAACAGGUGCUUGCAGAUAUUGCAAAACAAGUGGACUUCUGGUUUGGAGAUGCAAAUCUUCACAAGGAUAGAUUUCUCCGAGAGCAAAUAGAAAAAUCUAGAGAUGGAUAUGUUGAUAUAUCACUUCUUGUGUCAUUCAACAAAAUGAAAAAAUUAACCACUGAUCGAAAGCUAAUAGCCAGAGCAUUGAAAAGUUCCGCUGUUGUGGAGCUGGAUUUAGAAGGCACCAGAAUUAGGAGAAAAAAGCCUCUGGGCGAAAGACCAAAAGAUGAGGAUGAGCGGACAGUGUAUGUGGAGUUAUUGCCCAAAAAUGUUAAUCACAGCUGGAUUGAAAGAGUGUUUGGAAAAUGUGGAAACGUUGUUUAUAUAAGUAUUCCACAUUAUAAAUCUACUGGAGACCCAAAGGGAUUUGCUUUUGUGGAAUUUGAAACAAAAGAACAAGCAGCAAAAGCUAUUGAGUUUCUUAAUAACCCACCAGAAGAAGCACCUAGAAAACCUGGUAUAUUUCCCAAAACCGUGAAAAAUAAGCCCAUUCCUACCCUUAGGGUGGCGGAAGAAAAGAAAAAGAAAAAGAAGAAGAAAGGCCGAAUGAAGAAAGACGACAACAUCCAGACCAAAGACUCAAAUACAGACACUACUAGCAAGGACACUGUCGAUAAAGUAAAAAGAUCGAGGACCACAUCUGAGGGCUCAGAAGUAGAGGUUACCGAACCCCAAAAGCCACCCUCGAAGAAAAAGAAAAAACGGGAAAGAGCUGAAGUGUCUGGCUUACCUUUAGUCAAAGCAGGGAAAAGGAAGAGAAGUAGCUCCGAAGAUGCAGAUUGCCUAACUCCAAAAUCAAAAAUUAAAAAAAUGGCUCAGAAAGACAACAUGAUAAAAGAAGCUUCUGAAGUUUGCCAAGAAAACAAAGAAUUAGAAAUUUCUACUGAAGAGGAGAAGGAUACUGGAGAUACGAAAGACGGAUCCCUCUUGAAAGCCAAAAGAAAGCAUAAGAAGAAACAUAAAGAGAGGCAUAAAAUGGGAGAAGAGGUCAUACCUCUGCGAGUAUUAUCGAAGAGUGAAUGGAUGGAUUUAAAAAAAGAGUAUUUAGCACUGCAAAAAGCCAGCAUGGCUUCUUUAAAAAAAAGAAUAUCCCAAAUAAAAUCGGAAUCGGAAAUGGAAACAGACCAUGGAGUACCUAAUAAGUUGGAGAUGAAAAAUGAAAAAACAAACGGUGAAGAGUGUUGUCCCCAGGAGAAGGUUAAUGCAACAGGACCUCAGUUUGUGAGCGGUGUGAUUGUGAAGAUCCUUAGCACCGAGCCUCUACCUGGCAGGAAACAAGUCAGGGAUACUUUGGCAGCCAUCUCAGAAGUGGUUUAUGUGGAUUUGUUGGAAGGAGAUACAGAAUGCCAUGCUAGAUUUAAAACGCCUGAGGAUGCACAAGCAGUAAUAACUGCGUAUACGGAAAUUAAAAAGAAACACUGCUGGAAACUCGAGAUUCUUUCUGGUGAUCAUGAACAGAGGUAUUGGCAGAAGAUUUUGGUAGAUAGGCAGGCCAAACUUAAUCAGCCUCGUGAAAAGAGAAGAGGCACUGAUAAGCAUACAUAAGUUCCUGGGCCCAGGAUGGAUCUGGAGUCAGAGUAGUGACUACACCAGACCCUUAACUCACUGAACCGUCAGGGAAGUCCUACUUAAAUUGUAUAUAUUUUUAAAGCUAGAAGUUAGUUUUUUUUAAAAUAAAGAUUCCAUCUCCAUAAAUUAGUUUUAGAUAAGGAAAUAAACAUUGACCUAGGGAAUUUUGUAAAUUCAGUUAGAACACAGUGAGUAGCUCUAUCACUGAACCAGAGAGUUCUUUAGCUGAUUUCAUUUACCUCCGGCUUAUCAUUAGCACGAUUUAUUUGAUAAAUAAUAAUAUCUGAAAGUAUGGAGUCCUAGCUGAAGCUAUGGAAAUAACUAGUUUACUCAUCUCAUGAAAUGAAAAAACUAUACCACACGGAAUAGCUCCCCAGAGGAGAUAAGGGUUAAACCAUAAUUAGUUUACUUUUUCAUUAAUUCACUUAAUUAAUAUUUUGGUGCCUGUUUGUGUUCUAGGAACUGGGUAGAUCUCCGCGAAUAAUAAAAUCCCCUACUUCCUUGAGGCUUACAUUUACUAUAGGUCAGAUGAUGACAAGUGCUGUACAGAAAAAUCAAAUGAAAAGUGUUACAGGUUACCUCAGACGAGGUUGUCUGGGAAGUUAAGUUUGCAAAGGUGACAGUCAGCACACUCUCGGGAAGCAAGCAAGCGAGCCAGGAAAGUUGGGACGCACAGCUUUGCAGUCGGAGACAACAUAAAGUGCUGAGGCCUUGAAGGGAGAUAAUUGGACCAGGAGGCCAGGGUAGCUGGGGUACAGGAAGCCAGCAUGUCGGUGAUGGAAAUGAAGUGUUUAGAAAAAAUUAGCAGCAAAACAAGUCUGACAUGCCAGACCACCGUUUCCACGGUCGGAUUAUAUUUGGUCCAUAGUUGAGUGCAGAAAAAGCACUAAGUAAAAAAUCCUUGUUCUUAUUUUCACAUUGUGGAGGAGAAGGCUACUGGGGACAGUUUCCUAAGCUCUGGUCAGUUUAUACGGAAUUAAAGGACAAAGGAAUUGGUAAAGAAAAGUUUUAUUUUCUGUGUAUGGCAUUUUUACAUAUAAAAAUCAAGUACAGGUUAAUUAAGACCUCUGUCAAAAGAUCAGUAAGAUGCAGGAAAGAUCUGCCAAAGGGGUCUCAUUCAUUCUUUUUUUUUUUUUUUCGCCAC